AUGGAUAAUUAUACUAAUAAUAAUGCCAGUGAAAAUGAAACAAUUACUUUGAGAAGUAGUGACGGCAUAGAAUUUCAUAUUGAUGCACGUAUCGCUAAUCGUUAUACUUUGCUUAACAAUUGGAAUGAAAAUGCAUCUCUUCCUAAUGUUACUGGAAAAGUCUUGGAAAAGACUGUCGCAAAUAUGAUUAAGGGUAAAUCACCCGAAGAAAUUAGAUCUACUUUUAAUAUUGUUAAUGAUUUUAGUCCAGAAGAAGAAGAAGCUAUUCGUAGAGAAAACGAAUGGAUUGAUGAUUGA